AUGAUAGCACCAACUGCAGUAGAGAUUGAAGAAAUGUUAAAGAGAAAAUAUAAUGUUGGCGAUACCAUACAACCAUGUAUUAUAAUUGUAGGAACAGUUUGUGUUCCACUUGAAAUAUUGGUUUAUUUUGAUGGAAUAAAAUACAAAGUUUUUUCUCCUAUUAAAGCACUAGACAUUUGUUUCAAAAUUUUUCAUGUCUUCAACAUUGAAUAUCCAAUUGAAUCUGUUAAUGUCUGGCUAUUUGUUCAAAAAUUCUUUUAUAACAUUGUAAAUAAAUAUGAUAAAUCUUGUCCACUGGUCAAUCAAAUUUUUAAUGAAAUUAAACUUUGA